AUGGCCACGAAGGAAGCAUCAAGCUCUUCCUCAGGUCUAGCUACACCAGAGAGCGACACGCCGCACAACAAUGGCAGCACCAAUAACGUUUCAGACAUCUUAACCCCCCAGGAACUUUCCUCUGAUGAUUCUUGGUCCAUUGUGACCGGAAGCGACUCGCAAUCAGUCGCUUAUGAUGAUGUUGUAUCCAGUGAUGAUGGAGGGCGGGAAGAACAGAACAAGGAGGUUCGAGCUUCGGUGUCCACGCUCAAAAACGAACUUAGCGGAUCUCACUUCUCUGUUCCUCGAAUUGAGCUAGAGAAGGGGCCAGAAGAAGUAGUUGAAGACCAAGGCACAACUGAUGAGUCCCUCACUACAUUUGUCGACCAUGUUAAUGCUUCGAAGCGGGAUAAACUGAAAUCGUGGCAUUGUAUUGCCGCACUAGGACUUGCUCUGACCAUGUUGGUUGGAGGAACGGUAUUCAGAACCAAGGACAUAGAUUGCUCUGCUGUGUCUGAGAACAUGAGGAUGACACUUCAGGAUUGUCUAGUGAAGGGUCUAGAUACCAAAAUGGGGUGCUUAAAGCAGUAUUUCGAAGAACGCAAACCGUAUGAGACUCGCUGCUCGUUUCAAGACCAGGACUUGAUAACUUUUGACAACCGUCUCAAAUUUGGAAGGGAGUUGUUUGGCGAAGGCGCACUGUCCGAUGCUUAUAGCGGACUUCUAUGGAUUAAGGAACAAAGACGUGAAUUGGGCGACAAGGGACUAGAGUGGUCUCGCAGGUUCGGGAGCGCUAUGAAGGAGAACUUAUCUACAAGCCUGAAGAUAUUAGAUCGUGCUAAACAGCUUUCCAUCGAGAAGGUUGCGGGAACAAAUUUAGUAUCACAUCGAUUGGCUAAGAAAUGGGGUUCCAGCAUUAGGGAAGGGCUCGAAUUUGCGGACAAUCUCCUUUUGCAGGCACGGCUUUGGACAGGCGACACGGUUUUGGCUCUCGCAAAAGACGGGAAGCAUGUGAUUCAGCGCGGCGAUGAACUUUUAGAGAAAUUCUUGAUUAAAGUGAAAGAUGUUUCCUCGAAGCUGCCUCAACGGUACUUAGAUAUACCAAAAGAUCUCUCUUGGCUAUUGGAAACCAAAACUUUUGCUGAACAGAAACUAUUUGCAAUUGGACAGAGGUCCUUGAAGAAUUCUACUCGUGCGCUCAAAUAUAUUCGCCAGCGAUUGCCUCUGAUUCGCAGGAAAUGGGUCUCCUUCGCUUGCAGCCUAUACAGAGAAUCCCGCUUCCAUUUAAACAAUUUGGGCACACACUUACACACGCAGUUCAGGCUGUCAGCUCAUGGAGUCAGAGAAUUAAACGCGAUAUUACACGAUAAAUUUUUACAAUGGUACAAUAGUUUUGAAAUACCCUGGUUUUAG